CCUUACUUUCUCUAGAAACAAACGCACAACUCCACUCCUUCUAAUAAUAUUUUAUUUUCUCUUCUUAGAAAAACGAUUUGAAGUAUUCUUCAUUACUCAGACUCGUUCACUUCACUUCAUGCCAAACACCACCUCAACAUGGCUUCUCUACACAUACUGAAACCAACUCUCUCCCCCCUCUCCACUUCACCGUCAAAAGACGUCAUCGGGAAAUCAAAUUACAGGAAAACAAUUCCCAAGUUGAGAACUUUUUAUGGCAGCUCAAGAAGAUAUUCUGAGAGACAGCAAAAGGUUAAGGUUUUUUGUUCGGUCCAAGAAGAAGAUAAUAAUCAAAGAAAUGGGGAAGAGCCAACAGAGUCCUUGUUCAUGAAGGAACUGAAGAGGAGGGGUAUGACUCCAACUUCAUUGCUUGAAGAGACUAAUAGAGGCAAUUAUGGAGUGGAAGAUGAAAUGAAAAUAGGAGAGGAAGACAGGGGUUUCUCCAAAAGAAAUCCAGUAUCAACUGAACUUGAUAAAAGUUUGUCUAAUCAAAGGGAGAAGUCAAUGGCUCUUAAUAGUGAAGGACUUGAGGGGUUAAUUCCUAGGGGUAAGCUUUUGCUUACUCUUGGAGGAACUUUCUUCCUGGGAUUUUGGCCAUUGAUUCUCAUAACUGUCGCAUUUUUUUCCAGUCUCUACUUUUACUUUGGGCCAAGCUUCGUCCAUGACGGAAGCAAUGCAUCAUUCUCACCACCACAAUAUAUUGAUCCAUAUGAACUGCUGGAAGACGAAAGAAUAUCUCAAAUAGCUCCUAGUUUAAAAUGAAGCACAAAACAAUUCUACGUAAACCAGCAUCUUUAAACUUCAAUUAUAGAUUGGAUAUCUCUGUAGCAUAUUUUGUCUGGCCUAGUUGAUUCUUUUUCUUUGUAAAUACUAUCAUACCAAUUACCAUGUACUCUCUCAACAGUUCUAUGUUCAGCAUCUUUCCCAAUAUUUUCAAUUUCCAGUUCUUGCUGGAACGCCAAGAAAGGUGUUUGUGGUCUCA